AUGGCGGUUUCCAACUUCGCCAGGGCAUUUCCGUCAUUCGCGUGCCGCUCAGAUCCCGAUAUCUGCCGGCCGGAGGGCCCCCCACAUGGAUCCGGCUGCUUCUCUUCGAAGCCGAGGCCGUCGGUCCUCUUCGGCGGCGGCGGGCCUGCGGCUCACGGCUUCUCGUCUUCCCUGAUUCUCAGGUUCCCGCCGAACUUCGUCAGGCAGCUCAGCAACAAGGCUCGGAGAAACUGCAGCAACAUCGGUGUGGCGCAGGUCGUGGCGGCUUCAUGGUCGAACAACCAGGGAGCCUCGGGUCCCACGCCGGCGGCCAAGGCUGUCGAUGCAGCCGCGGCCGCCGUGGCGCCGGUCGAGAUCGAGACCGGCGUCGAGCCCGUCGUCGCUGCGGAUGGGGAUCUGUCCGGCGGCGACGAAAAUGUGCAAAUCGGGGAUUUGCAUAAUGUAAAGUACAAUUCGUUUUUGAGUUCCGAUGGGAGCAUAGCUAUUCAUGCUGGUGAAAGAUUGGGUAGAGGCAUUGUUACGGAUGCUAUAACUACUCCAGUAGUUAAUACAUCUGCGUAUUUCUUCAAGAAAACUGCUGACCUCAUUGAUUUUAAGGAAAAAAGGCGUGCAAGUUUUGAAUAUGGACGCUAUGGGAACUAUACUACUGUUGUUGCUGAGGAGAAGAUAAGUGCACUGGAAGGGGCUGAAUCGACAAUUUUGAUGGCAUCUGGAAUGUGUGCCAGCACUGUCAUGUUGUUGGCCCUUAUCCCUGCUGGUGGGCAUUUGGUGACCACCACUGACUGCUACAGGAAGACACGGAUAUUCAUCGAGACUUUUCUUCCCAAAAUGGGGAUCACUGCUACUGUCAUUGAUCCAGCAGAUGUUGCUGGUCUGGAGUCUGCUCUAGAGAAGAACAAUGUCACUCUUUUCUUUACUGAAUCUCCAACCAAUCCAUUCUUGAGAUGUGUUGACAUUGAACGGGUCUCGAAGCUUUGCCACAACAAAGGAGCCUUGGUGUGUGUGGAUGGGACAUUUGCAACUCCUCUUAACCAGAAGGCUCUGGCCCUUGGUGCUGACAUUGUUCUACACUCUGCAACAAAGUACAUUGGUGGACACAACGAUGUUCUUGCUGGAUCAAUCAGUGGCCCUGAGAAGCUGAUUUCUACUGUCCGUACCUUGCAUCAUGUUCUGGGUGGUACUCUCAAUCCAAAUGCCGCAUAUCAGAUCAUCAGGGGCAUGAAGACGUUGCAUCUUCGUGUACAGCAACAAAACUCAACAGCACAAAGGAUGGCGGAGAUUUUAGAGGCACAUCCUAAGAUUAGGCACGUGUAUUAUCCAGGCCUGGCUGGUCAUCCAGAGCAUGAACUUGCUAAGAAGCAAAUGACCGGUUUUGGUGGCGUUGUCAGUUUUGAGGUUGAUGGCGAUCUCAUGGUGACCGCCAAAUUUGUCGACACCCUGAAAAUUCCAUACAUAGCUCCGUCUUUUGGAGGCUGUGAAAGCAUUGUUGACCAGCCAGCCAUUAUGUCUUACUGGGAUCUUUCCCAAUCGGAAAGGGCCAAGUAUGGGAUCCUGGACAAUUUGGUCCGGUUCAGCUUUGGAGUCGAGGACUUUGAAGACUUGAAGGCCGACAUUCUUCAGGCGUUGGACGCCAUAUAA